AUGUGUUAUAGUAGUCUCAGACCUGACCAACAACGUACUCCCGUGACUAAUGUCCUGACCGAUGACAUUGUCAGGUCAUUGUCAGGACAUUGUCAGGACAUUAGUGUAACCCAUAGUUGUCUCCCUUUUAAACAAAUUUUACUUCCGGAACUUUGUUGCAAGUGCACUGAAAGUGAAAGUUGCAAAUAUCCCUCCUGGUUAGCUUAUAUUUCACUGUAUAUCAGUAGAAUGAGUACAGAUAUAUCUCAGUAUAUUAUCCCCAAUGACACAGGGGUCUGUCUGUUGGACUGUAUCACAGCCUUUGAGGGUCUGACACCUAAAGAAAGACUAUAUGCUCAUUACAUAGCACAGGCAUCAUGGUAUGGUGGACUCAUAGUUCUGGUCCAGACAUCUCCAGAAUCUCCUGGCAUCUUUAUUUUACUGCAGAAGAUAUUUAGAACACAGCCAAUCAGUGAGGUGAAAUGUCUGGCGCUAAAACAAGGGAUAACAGAGGAGGAAUGGCAGGCUAUAAUGAUAUACAGUGCUGCUUUCCAUGCUAACUCAGGAAACUACAAAUCAUUCGGAGAUACCAAGUUUAUUCCUAAUGUACCUAAAGACAAAUUUGAAUCCCUGAUAUUGUGCUGUAAGGCAGCAGUUGAUGAUCAAAAAGGUAUAAAGGCAUUAUGGGAUAGCGUAUCAGAUAGAAUGUUUUCAUUGGUUGCUAGACAAAAAGAAUUAGGUUUAGGAGAAAAGGGAACCACAACCUAUUUUUCAAGUAAUUGCAACCUUGAUGAUGCAAAGCUGUGUCAAGAAUUUAUGGAUAGCAAAGAUCUUAGUGCAUAUAAUACCAGAUUAUUUAAGACAGAAAAGAACGGACAAACCUGUUAUGAAGUUCGUUUAGCCAGUGCAUUAACGGAAGGAGGUUCCAUUGAGGGUUGUCCUGAAGGAAUAUUAGGUACACACCAGUUCACAUCAUCAACAUCAAAGUCCUACUCAUUUACUGUAACCAGGGGAGAUUACUCUAAACUCAUGGCAAAGGUGGCUGAGAAUCUCGGAAAGGCCAAGGAACAUGCGGCAAACGACUUGGAAAAACAGAUGUUGACAGAAUAUAUCAAAAGUUUUACUACAGGGUCCAUCCCAGCUCAUAAAGAUGGGUCCAGGCACUGGAUUAAAAAUAUUGGUCCAAUUGUAGAAACAUAUAUAGGUUUCAUAGAAUCAUACAGAGAUCCUUUUGGUGUUAGAGGAGAAUUUGAAGGUUUUGCAGCAGUAGUUAACAAGGAAAUGAGUAAAAAGUUUACUGAGUUAGUGAACAAUGCUGAACACUUGUUGGCAUUACUCCCAUGGCCGGCAGCAUACGAGAAAGAUACAUUUUUGAAGCCUGAUUUCACAUCACUGGAUGUUUUAGCAUUCGGAGGAUCAGGAAUUCCUGCUGGAAUAAAUAUUCCUAAUUAUGAUGACAUCAGACAAUCAGAAGGUUUUAAAAAUGUGUCAUUAGGGAAUGUAUUAACAGCUGCAUAUAAAGAUACAAAAGUCAGUUUUCUUGACGAGGAAGAUACUGAGCUGUUUAUUAAGUUAAAGGUACCAUCUUUUGAGGUUCAAGUUGGUCUUCAUGAACUUUUGGGCCAUGGCAGUGGAAAGUUAUUUAUAAAGGGAGAAGAUGGCAAGUUUAACUUUGAUAUAGAUACAGUAGAACAUACAGAAACUAAAGAUAAGAUAACCAAAUGGUACAAUCAAAAUGAGACAUGGGAUAGCAAGUUUACAACCUUAGCCUCGACCUAUGAAGAAUGUAGAGCUGAAUGUGUGGGCAUCUAUCUGUGUUUGUCUGCUGAUGCUCUCAGAAUAUUUGGGCACAAGGAGGACACUGCUGAUGACUUAAUCUAUGUUAACUGGCUAAACAUGGCUAGGGCUGGAUUACUGGCUUUAGAAUUCUAUUCACCUGAUACUGGAUCUUGGAGACAGGCUCAUAUGAAUGGUAGAUAUGUUAUAUUGAGAGUUAUGAUAGAAGCUGGACAAGGUCUGAUAACCAUCACCAAGACAACAGGGGAUGAUGGGAAAGAAGACAUACAUUUGAAACUGGAUCGUACUAAAAUUUUACCAGUUGGAAAACCAGCCAUUGGAAAUUUCCUUAGAAAACUACAGGUAUACAAGUCUACCGGUGAUGUUGAGGCAGCUACAGCUAUGUAUGGUCAUUACUCUGAAGUCCACGAUGAUGAAGAACCACAUUUCCUCAGUCUUAGAAGUGUAGUGUUAGCUCGUAAAACUCCGAGGAAAAUGAUGGUUCAGCAUAAUACCACAGUAGAGGGACCUACGGUGAAGUUACAAAGUUACGAGUCUUCAGCAGAUGGACUGGUUCAAUCAUUUAUCGACAGAUUUCCUUCAUCAGAAGUGGAUGACAUUCUAAAGGAAUUAAUGGAAAAAGAUCAGCCGUAUUUCAGCACCUAAAAUAUGACUAUGUGUUAAAUAGACAGGACCAGAUAUAGACAUUCCAUCCUUAUACAGUGAAAUCAAUUGUCAAAUUAUCAAAGAUAAUUACUUGAAAUCAAUAGACAAAUUAUCCAAGAUAAUUACAAAUACAAUCUUACAGAAAUAGAAAAAUUUGAAACAGUCAUUUAUAAUGAUUAAAUUAUUCUAGAAAUCCUGA